UGUUUGCUUUUGCGAGAUGGCACUAGCUUGCACGCGUGGCUUAUGCGAAGGAGCACGCGGCUGCGGGGCAGUGGCGGGGGGCGCCACGGACAGUGACACCCACGCGCGCCACGCGGAGCAUGGGGGCAGAAGGAAGAGAACCCGGCGCAGGCCGGAAGACAGCAUACCUGAUGGGCGCUGACCAUGAGUAGCAGCAAACGGCUGCACGGAGAAGUGGGCCCGCCACGCGUCAGAGAAGCCGAGAGGACCACACCAGAAUUGGGGAGCAGAGCGGCGCUGGCAGAGAUCCAGCGACGGGGCAGGUGUACGCCGCGGUCUGGUGACCUGCGAGGCGCGGUGGAAGGGGGGGGGGCGGGCAGAGUACUAAUGCGCCGCGGCUGCGCUGCAGCGAGCACGGCCAACCUGGGCGGCCGGCGCGUGGGCGAAAGGCACACGACCGAGAGCGGGGAGGGCCACGCCACCAUUGGGGGAGCGGCGCGGAGCUGGGAAGGGCCCGGCGAGUGAGGCAGGUGGGUGCCGAGAUCUGGUGACCUUCGAGAGGGUGUGCGCUCUGCGUGUGAGAGCGAGCGGCGCGAAGCGCACGGAAAAAUAGAGCCUGCGCGAAACCGAGGCGCCCUAAACUACAGCCCCUUUCGGGAGUGGCUGCGCGCUGACGGAUCCGGCACGCGCAGGCAUCGGGGGGGGCGAACGUCCGUCGGAGGCGGGGAGAGGCGGCGCGUGCCGCCCCUCUGCCUCGUGGGUGAUGCCGGCGUGGGAGUGCUGCUGGA